AUGACCAAAAAGAGUUGGAGAGAAACAGGGAGCGUGAAGAUCCGACAAACUCGCCGCUCCAAGUACGGAGAGAAGGAGGUUCCAACACAGCAUCGAGCCUUGAGCCUGGCUAUCCAGCUCCCGGUAUUCGGUACCACCGCUUGGCGCCUUGACCACCGCCGUUUCGUUCCUCGGCAUCCGACCAUUCGUACCAACCGACCGUUACUACCCACAACCACCGCCGAUGCUCGUUGCCUUUCACUGAAGGCGCUCGGGUUCGGAUCCGCAGCCACUACUGUUCCACCACUGCGCCCCGACCGAUCCAACGCUCGACGACAACCGGUCAUAGCCUUACCACCGUGCUUCCUCGGCUGCGGUGACGAACAAAAGACGGCGACGGCGUCCUUGACGUCUAGCGACAUCGGGAGUCUUUUCCCGGCGAGACCGGAGCGCGUGGCGGAAGGGAAUCUGGAUACCGACGCAGGAGAGACGUCGUACGGCAAGGGGUGA